GUAGCUCCCAAAAUAGUUGUAAACGAUAACAAAAAAAAAAUUUCUGUUGAGCAAUUUAUUAUCAUUUCAUCAACAACAAAAAAAAAUUGAUUGAUCUUCAUAGACAACAACAAAAAAAAUAUAGAUCUCUAUAUAGUUUUUUUUCUGCUUCUCAUUGUAAUAAAUGUCUUCAAUUAAUGAUGAUAAUAUGGCUACAGUUUCGACAAAAACAACUUCAUCGAAAUUGGUUCAUACAAAUCAAGAGCAGCAACAAGAUGAUAAUAAAUCGAAUGGUGACAGUCACAGGGAACAACAUCAAUUACAAUCAUCGACAAUGAUUAAUAAUAAAUUACGAAAAUCGACAAUGAAAAAACAACAAGAGGAAAUUGAUGAUUUAAAUAUGGUCGAAAAUAAUGAAUCAUCAUCAUCGAAUAAUGUGAUAAAAGAAAAUUCAAUUACAAUGAAAGAAAUGAAAGGACAUUCAAUAUCUAUUUGUAUUGAUUCAGUCGAUGAGCUGGAAACAAAAAAUGCUGAUGAUGAAAUUGUUACCAUUAUGCAAGAAUCAAAUAACAAUGAUCAAUCAAUAAAUGAAAAUGUCAUCAGUAGCUUAUCAAAACAAUUUAUUGAUGGAUUAAUAAUCAACGAUACAAAUGAAUCGAAUGGUAAAAAUCGUGAUAAUUCUGUUCGGCCAAAAUCAACGCACAGUAUGGAUGGCAGUUUGAAAAAACGUUCAAAACCUUUGAUUCGUAGUGGUGCUGUACGUGAAUCAAGUUUAUCGCCAUCACCACCACCCAUUCAAUUAUCGAAUGGUGGAAGUAAUGAAACAUUGAAUUUGAUAAAAAAUGUUGGUUCAUCAACAAAUCAUUUGACUGUGGCUUACAGCACUGUUUGUGGCAGUAUUAUCAAUAACGGAAAUAAUACCGUAUCUGGAAGUAACAUUAGCCAACCAAUAAGUUUAACAACAAGCAGUAAAAAUAGUUCCAUAAUAAGUAGCAAUACAUCAUCGCCAAGUCUUUCAAGAGAUUCAAGUAGUGAAAUUCAGGAAAUUUCCGUUGCCGAGGCAAAAACAUUUCUUACAGAAACUUUGAAAAAAAGUUUGAAAGAUCGACAAUUCCUAUAUAAAAUUGAACAGGAUCUCGCACAAUUUCUUAAUGAUACAACUCGUGAUACGUUGAAAAUUCAGCAAGCAUCUUCCUAUAAUCGAAUGUUGAUUCAUAAAACAGCCGAUUAUUAUCAGCUUGAACAUUUAGUUGAUCAAGCUCAUUCGUCAGUUAUUUUAACGAAAAAUUCCAAUACACGACAACCAGAUGAAUCAUUCAAAGAGAUGAUAGCUAAAGAUCAACGAGAUGAAACAAUUGGACAGAAAAAAUCUAUAUUGAAACGAGAUUCAACAUCGUUAGAUGAUUCACCUGGCAGUUCAUUUGAUAAGGAUAAAAGUCCGGAUAAUUCAUUAUUAUUGAAUGGUGGUGGUGCCAGUCUUGUGAGUGGUGGUAGUGGAUGUGGAACAGGAUCACUAUCCGAUUCAUCACGAUCAAGAUCAUUAGAAGAACGUGAAGAGAAUUAUGAAAAAGUUCGUGCACGAAUUUUCAGUCAACAAGAUGCAAAGGAUGCCGAUUCUUCUUCAUCACAAUCAUCAAAAUCUAAGCUACAACUUCAAACUGGCAAUGAAGAAAAUUCCGAUAACAAAUUGAUACAAUCACCACAACAACCAGUUGAUAGUUCUAGUCUUGAUUCAAACAGUCAAAACAAUAAUUGUGAUACAAAUGAAAAUGUAUUGGAGAUUAUCGACACCAAUAUUACGAACAUUGUUGAUAAUGAUGAUGAUGAUGAUGGUGGUGGUGGUGGUGAUGAUGGCCAGCAAAAACAACCAUUAAUUGAUAAAAAAGAAAAUAAUAAUAACAAUAGCCAACAGAUGAUGCAACGGCGUAAACCUCAGAAUUCGUAUGUCGGUUCAAAUUCAAACCGUAAUGGUGGUAAAUCAGGUGGUUAUACUGGUAGAGUUAAUAAAUAUCAUAAUAUGUAUCAUCAUCAGAGUUAUCAACAUCAUCAAUCAGCACAGCCACCGUUUCAUCCUCCGCCGGCUACUCAGCCAUAUUAUAAUUAUCAACCACAAUCAUACCAUCAAUCGUCAUCAUCUCAUCAAUCUGCCGCAUCGUACAGGCCUGCCAAUCCUUCUCAUCAUCAUCAUCAUCAUCAAAAUCAAUAUCAUUCACAACGAUUCGAUAGUUCCAAUCAUAACAAUAAUAAUUCCAAUCAUCAACAUCCUCAUUCAAGAGGUCCUUAUCGAUCUAAUGUGAUGAAUAAUAAUCCUAAAAAUAACCCUUAUCAUCAAACAAGUGGUGGUGGUGGUGGAUAUAAUGCAAGACAUUCACAUCCCGGUACUAGUCAACUUCAUCAUCAUCAUCAUCAAUAUCAAGGUGGAACUGGAAAUUUUGGCAGCCAUCAUCGUAUGAAUCAUCCAUCAUCGAUGUCAUCCAUCCAUCAGCUAUCAAAUCAACAGCCACCGGCUCAUCAUUUGAUAGAGCAACAGCCUAACCCUUAUGCUCCUUAUUUACGUGUUCCGGGCGUUACAGCAUACAAUCCAUAUAUGGAUCCGAAUGCCAAUAAUCAAUAUCAAUAUUUGCAUUCAAUCCCAAAUGAACAGUUUUAUACCUACAUGAAUCAAUCGGCAAUGGGUGGAAUACAACAGCCACCAUCCCAUUCGACACCAUUGUUGGCUAAUCCUCCAACACAUCAAAUCCUUCCACAUCAAUCUUCAACAAAUGUGCCUCCAAAUAAUACGAAUAUUACUUCCACAGCUGGACAGCCAAAUCAUCAAUAUACUCUUUCUAUUGCCAAUGGUUAUCCGAUGAUGUAUGGUCCAAAUAUUCAAUCUGCGAUGCAACAUCAAUCGAAUCCUAAUUCUCAUGUGCCAUAUUCGCAUCCGCUUCCUCAUAGCCUUGUACCACCAUCACAAGCUAAUGUUUCACCAUCAUAUUCGAUUAUCAAUCCAUAUGGAACAAUUCCAAUGAAUUUGAUUGCACAACCAAAAAUGGAUGAAACAAUACAAUCAUCGCAACAGAAAACUGAUAUUCGCCGAAAUCAAUUGGGUCCAAAUGGUCAUCAACUAAACAAUGGACAACCACCGCCGAUUGAUACAUCAUUAUCGUAUGAUCGAAUCGCUCAAGUACAUUAUCCGCAUACAUGCAAAGCUAAUUCGCAGCCACAAGCUGCAAUACAUAAUGUUUGCUAUAAUAUCCCGACUAAUGUUAAUACUGCCAAUGAGGUAAAAAACUCACCAAUCAUUGGCUCUAGCAUCAAAACCAAUAAGCAAAAAUGUCAACAGCAGUAUUCAAUGACAGGACAUGGAAAUGGUGGAUCUCAUCAACAUCAACAACAAUUAGCGAAACAAUCACGAUCGACGGCAAGAAAUCAUGAUAAUAGUAACAAUACUCAGCAACAGACCAAUAAAUUGGUGACCAAAAUGGCAACAUCAAAAUGAAAUCAAUAUUUGGAUUUGUUUUUUUUUUGUUUAGUGAAUGUGUUCAUCGCAAUUUCGUUUUUUUUAAAGUUGGCAUCUUUGUAUGAUAUAUAGAGGAUUUAGGCUAUUGAAUGAAAUUUUUUUUGUACAUUG